AUGAGAAGAGCACUUGAGGUUUUUCAGACCUUUUGGAAUGGUAUUCUUGAGCUAUUAAAGAAUGACUUUGGAACUAAUGAGGUGAAUCGCAAUAAUUUGAGUAAUGUAAUAAAUUGGGAAAGUAAUAAAACAACUCUAGAAACAGAAAUUGAAGAAUUAGAUGGAGAAAAGGAGGAAAAAUGUGAAGAAGAAGGAUCAUCCACUGAAAAUGUUCUUCUUUAUUCGAAUUGUGAUGCAUAUGCAGGAGAGUUUCAAAUGUCUAAAAGAAAUGGUUGGGGAGUUUACUUAAAAUAUACUGGACAAAAAUUCGAGGGAUUAUGGAAAGAUAAUGUAAGAAAUGGAUUUGGAAUGCAAACAAUUGGAAAUUCAAUCAAAUUUAUAGGUCAAUUUAAAAAUAAUGAGUGUGAUGGAUUAGGGAUAAUAUUUCAUCAAAGCGGAUUAAUGUACUCAAGUAAUUGGUCAAAAGGGGAAUUAAUCAAUAGGAGAUUAUUGUUUGAAAAUUGGAAGGAUGAGUUAUUGGAUUUGUUUCCAGAAAAUUCAGAAGAAGAUGUUGAUGAGAUAAUCUCUCAAAUCACUUCAAAUAAAAGUAUGGAGGUGAGUAAAGGGAUAAUAACAAGACAGAAAAUAAAGUAUGAGCUUGAAAAUCUGCAUCACAAAAAUAACUUUAGACAAUUCAGUUCUGAGGAAAAGUCAGAAACUACUAUUAGAAUGAGGUUCAAAGCCAAUUUUACUGAAGAUAUUAUUUGUAAAGAAUGUGAUUUUCAAAGUAUAAAUUCAAGAAUCAAUAAUUACAAUGCAAUGAAAACCGUAUCUAAUGAUAUUGAAAGUAAGGCAUUAAAUUGUUAUAAUACAGAGAAUUCUGCAGAAUGUUGUUUAAGCUGGAAUAUGUAUCAAGUAGCUUAUUUUUUAAAAUGCAUUGGGUUGUCAAAGUAUGUUAAGAUCUUUAUUUUGAAUGAAAUUGACGGUUGUACAAUACCUUAUAUUGGAUCCGAAGAACUUAAAGAAAUGGGAAUUAAAGAAGUUUCACACAUAAAAUAUAUUCGCAUGUCAUUUGCUUUACUAUUAAAAUUGAGACUUAAGUGUAUUAGAAAACAGACUUUUACUCCACAGAAAUUGAUUGAUGAUGAGUAUCUUAAAGGCUUUGAGAUUCCUGCAAAUGAACUCAACUUAAAAUGUAGGAUUGGAGAAGGAGGAUACGGAAAAGUGUACAAAGCAGUCUGGAUAACCAGAGGAAUCACAGUUGCAGUAAAGGCAUUUAGAAGAAGGGAUAAAAAUGCCUUGGCUAGAGAAUUUUACUCAGAACUAUCGAUCAUUUCUAGGAUUAGGCAUCCAAAUGUGACUUUAUUUUUAGGGGUAGUGAUGUCUCCAUUAUAUUGCUUAGUUACAGAAUUAGUCCCGAAUGGAUCACUAUUUGAUUUACUCCAUACAAAAAAUUCCUACUUAACAUCCACCCAGCUUUUAAAAAUAUCCAGAGAUAUUUGUUGUGGGAUGGCAUAUUUACAUGAGAAUGGGGUCUUACAUUGUGAUUUAAAGAGCAGUAAUAUUCUUUUAUCGGGAAACUUUAACGUAAAGAUUGGUGAUUUUGGUCUUUCAACUCUAAUGGAGUCCCCUUUAGAAACAAGAAAAAUGUUGGGAUGUGUUGGAACGCACCAUUGGAUGGCUCCAGAGAUCCUAAGGGGUGAAGGAUUUACAAGAUCUGCUGAUGUGUAUAGCUUUGGAAUUAUUCUUUGGGAAAUGAUUACAAAGAAAAUUCCACACGAAGAUCUUAAUAUUAAUCACAUUGUUGCAUCUGUAGGAUAUGGGCACAAAAAGUUAAUUAUACCAGAAAAUACUCCAUCAGUAAUAAAGACUAUAAUAAAAAAAACAUGGAGAAGAAACGUUAGAAAUAGGCCAAAUUUCAAACAAUUAACAAAUAUAUUUGAGCAGCUAUAUCAGAGCAGUAUAUUAGAUAUAGAAGAAAAUCUAUUAACAUUUUUUGGCCAGUAG